AUGGCCCAUCAAAUACCUCUACCACAGCAGACUCAAUACCCGGGUCCCAUACCUCAAAAUCAUCAAAACGCUGGGCAACAGCGACAUGCCUCGAACGGACAACACCAGAGCUUUGGGCAAAACUCUCCAAGAGAGUCUGAGGAUUUCCCCUCAGACCCCAUACAAGCUCCUCUUCUCGUAUCAUUCAUUCUAGAGAGGCCCAGGAACGAUAUCAGCUGGGAGGAUGUUGUCCCCGAGCAACAGCACGUCAGAGCUCAUGACCUCAAAAAGGAGGUGCUGAAGUUUCGACGUAACUACAACAACGUCAAAAAGGCUUUGGACGAAAUCUCCUCUCCAAACUGUCGCAGAAUCAUCAAUGAACUGGUCGAAGAACAGAACGUCGCGCUGACCAAACACAACCCGACCAUGGAGUACAGGAUCGUGAGUCUGAUAAAGAAGUUCCGAGAACGCGCCUCUUUGACGCGCCGCGAGAGAUACCUGGCACGUGUGGACAUAAUCUUGGAAGCAGAAGACUCUGGCCUCCAAGCUACAAAGACGGGAUUCCAAGGUCGAGUCGGCAAUCAAAGCCAAAAUAUGUCAGCACCACCACAAAUGCCUCAGCAACGACCUCAACCUCACGGCCCGCAUAACGUGCCACCUCAUCCACACCCUGAACUAUCCCGUAGUCAGCCUCCUCCUCUUCAUGUUGUUAAUCCAGUCAAUAAUCAUAUGCCGAUACCCGCUCCCCAUGUACCGCCUCCACUUCCACCUCCACCACAUCUAAAUGGAGGCAUGAACGGGCAAACUCCAGUAGCUGGUCCACCUGCGCCGCCACCACCGCCGCCACCGCCACCACCACCUAAUGGAGGGGUCCAUCCAGUCAUGUCAGGACCUCGCGGGCACCAACCACCAAUUCAACCACCCUUACCGCAGGGUCUAUCAGGAAUGCCUGGUACUUACCCCGAAGCCAUGCCAGUGCCAGUGCCGAGGCACAUACCAGGUCGUAAGCCAGGCCCAGUCAACCAGACAAUGGACCCCGAGUUGCCUGGGAGCCAGCAAACCAAGCAUAAGAGCCAUAUGGAUGCAUCCAGUUUAUACUCAGAUAGUGAAGUCAGUUGGGAAGAUGAGUCGGAGAACUCUAGCUUCGUUGACAUUGAUAACGACAUGCAUGGGGAAAUGCGCCCAAGAGAACCCGAACGUGGACGACAUGCUAAGUUGUCAAGGAACAAUCCGAAACAUCGUAUGCAUAGUAGAAGCAAACGGCAAAGUCGAAGUCGCAGCCAGAGUCACUUACGCAGAGGCAUCCACCAGCAAAAUACACGGCAACUAAUGCGGAGACAUCGAACCAAUAGUGAUAUCGAUGAAGGAUACACUGGUAGACGUACCCCAGACAUACCAAGUUCGAGUUCUCCUCAACCCUUGCGUGCGAAGCUCUCUAGUCAAGUACCAGCGAACAUCCACAUCCACAUGAACACGAAUAAUAGUGGAGAUGAGAGAACACGUAGCGGCAACGCCUCGCCUACCAGCCUCUACAGUCAAAAGAGGGUUCCAGGGAAGAUGUAUAAUUCACACGACGAUAUGUCCGAUGCAUCGUGGGAUCGCGCAAGCGGCACCGGCUCCUGGCACACCUCGUCUGUCCACACGGCCGAAGACAAUAUCUGGGAUGUACCUUCUCGCUCCCAGACUGUGAGACGUGAGCACAGCCAACGUAAGCCGACUUUUGCAGCGCGCCCAAACGACGCCUUUGAUACGCAGUGUCGAAGCCCCAACCCCAACACUGCCGAUCUGCGCUCCGCACAACGGCCCAGAUACCCCAGAGAACCAAGCAAUGAGCAUAUGCCCACUCGCUCAUCCAUGCGCUCGCCCAUGCGUGAGCAAGAACGGGAGCGCGACCACGAGUACCCAUCUUACUCUGAUGACCAACAACUCUACCAUCCCCGUCCUGAUCUCCCGCACCGUCGCACCACCCCAGCGCCACCUCGUACCCAACACAACAACUCCUUUACUUCACCAUACCCUCCUACACCUCCUAAACUCGCCCGCGCCUCUACUCUUAUACCAGAUGUAUAUGAUCACGCGUACACGCCAGCCCAGCCGCGUAGGAGACAGAUAGAAGCUGUACCACGCGAUGAGCAGAUUAAUCUUCGUGACUUGCGCGAUGCGCUCGAAUGGGCGCGCGAGAGGAAUAAGGAGAAGGAGACUAUGCAGUCCGCAAGGUAUGGUGAUAAUGUCUCGGGGAGGAGAAGAAGAAGAAGAAGGGAUUCCGGUAUGGAUUAUGAUGAUGAGUGGGAUUUUGAGAGAAGGGGUGGUGUGUACUAA